CCGCAUUCACAAUUGCAUCAAUAGCUCGUGUUUUCGUAAUAUAUAUAAUAGGGGGGUUUGCAAGCUGAAAUAUAAGCUUACUUUCAAUUAAAUUCAAACUCAACACAAGAUGUCAAUCCCUCCAGCAAGUGGCAUUGGACGCUACUACAAGCAUUCGGCGAAAAUAAUCCGCUUCGUCCGUUUGGGUUGUACAAAUCGUCCUUUUUACCAUAUUGUCGUUAUGGAGCGUCGAAAAAAUCAGCAUCAACCAGUCAUAGAACAAGUCGGCACUUAUGAUCCAAUGCCGAAUAAGCAAAAUGAACGUUUAGUUUCUUUUAAUUUUGAACGUAUACGCUAUUGGUUGGGUUGUGGAGCCCAUCUGUCAACACCAGCGGCAGAGUUACUGGGUAUUGCUGGUUUUUUACCUAUACAUCCGCGCACUUAUAUGACCGCCUGGCGUAAUAGGCAACGAAGCGCAAGUGAGGAAAAUCAAGAAAAGGAUGCCGUUGUUACAUAGCACCAUAUAAACAAAUAAUAAAUUAAUUUAAUGUUUGUAUUAAUAUAUAACCAAAAACCCAGAAAGAGCUAUAGAUUUGUUAAAUGUAUGUUCGCUGAAAAAAUUAGUACAUACAAAUACAAAGGCGUCAAGAUAAA